AUGCCAAGCAAAAUUACAUUUGAAAGUCUAACUGCAUUGGGCCAAGACACUCUAGGUACUCUAACAUUUGAUGAGAAGCAUCAUUUGAUUGACACUUCUGGUAUCGGUGAGAAGAUCAACAAGUCCUUUGUCGCCGACGCUGUCAGAAAAUCCAAUGACGAAUUGGGUAAGUUGGGUUACCAAGUCUACGAGGACAGCAAGGUUGUCGGCCAUGCUUUCAAGGAUGGUGCCGGUAAGACUACCGUUUACUUCCACGACAAGAAGGACGAGAAGAAAUAA